GGGCUUCGUUGUCACGAAGCGUUGAGGUUGCUAUGGUAGUCAACAAGCGGCAUCCGGCUCUCUUCACUCCGAUUUUCCGCUCCCCAGUUUGACGCUUCGCGCCGAAGAAGCCCUGGCUUUGCGGAGAGUUUAAGCUCUCGGAUAACAUUUGUGCGAUGGUGUGAGGGCGCGAGGGGAGGAGGGAGUGAUGUCUUUCUUUGUUGACAUCGUGACGGAGGACUCGUUCUACGAGAACCUGACGCUGGGAAUCGUUAAGAUUUUAGAGGGCACCCCCUGCGUGAAAAAUGUCCAGGUCGACAGGCGGCCGGGGUGCGAUAGAAAUGCUCUGGCGAGCUGGGAACAGAGGCAUUGCUGCGUUAUGCCCGAUGACCUGAGAAACUUUUACGCAUCCAUUGACGGGUUCCUGCUCACUUGGUCCCUCGAAAUAUCAGGGGAAGAAUUCCCUCUGGGACGCCUCGAAGUCGGAAGUCUAGGAGAGCUGAAACGGUUCGUCGGCACGAAAGAGCAGCAAUCCGAGGCGGAAGCCAGCCUCCCCGAAAACCCCGAUCUUCCGUCGCUGAGCCCGCGCUGCAAGCUUUUCGAGCUAGGCCACUGCGGGAGCAGCAAAGUGUACCUCGCCUAUGUCAGCCCAGAAGUGGAUCCGGGGAUCUGGCUUUACCACGAGGCGUCUUUGCGCUGGCUUCGCCUCGCCGAUGGUUUCACCAAGUAUUUCCGGAUGCUCCUGAUCCACCUGGGUCUCCCGCUCUGGCAGUACUGUGCGACAGGACUGCCCAUGCCCACCUGGGUGGAACAGAUAUAUCUCCUCGUCGGGCCGAAUCUCCUGCCAACUACCGUAAAGCCGUCGCAGUCCGUCUCCCGGACGAUGUGGAACGAGGGUUCGCCGAACGCAAUCGACCCAGCGAUAUUUAAGAGCAAGGAGUUCAAGCAGAGGAACGUCCGGAAGAAGUAGUCGACACUUUCUCGUCCUUUCGAAUAAAGUUAAGCGUCGUCGACGA